UAACGGAUUUUGUUUGAGAAUAUCUUUUUAGUAACUAAAUUCGCAGAUGAUAUCUAACUAACGUCACAUUGUUUAUAAAUGAAACGAACAUAACCUCAAAUAAAAAGAAGUCAAAAAUUGACGUUGACAUAGCGCUUUGAAUUUAUUAAUUUUGCUCCUAAAUGACGAUAUAACUGCCUUGUAGUAAGCUUUUAAUCUGUUAAAGAAUUCCCUAUCUAUUCAUUAAGUCCAAAACUGUAAUAACUGUGAUAUCUAGAAUGAAUAGAAAUAAUUGUGAUAACUAGUCGAUUAUAGAGAGAUAUAACUGACUAUCUACUUUGAGGAUUUUCCUAAAGGAAAAAGUCAAGUCACUGGACCUUUGACUUACAGAAGAAGUAUCCUUCAAUUAAUUGUGUCAUCUCUACCACAUAAGAAAUAGAAUUAGAAGAAACUCUAGGACUGGAGAAUGAUAUGAAAUAAUAACCUCAAAUUAUAAAAUUUUUAAUAUUUAAGAAAUGGAAAUUGUUAUAAAAAAGAAAAAGCUUGUUGAUAAUCCAAUUGAUUUAUUACAAAUAGAACGUUUCCUUUAUUCUCUUUCAUCAAUGGAUAGUAACAAUUAUCCAAUAAAAAGUAGCAUUGGAGAAAGAGAAGGUCGUUGCUUCUCAAAUUUAGUAGCAAAACGAAAUUAUUAUUUCACCCAUGGUAUUGGGAGAUCAGGAGAUUUAAACGAAAGCCAACCAAAAGCUCCUGGAUCUAGCUUAUUAUAUAAAAUCACAAACUUAUUAAUAAACGAAUUUAUGGAAAUAUCUGGGUUUGAUGGUAUCCAUUCUAUUUUAGUACCAUUAUCGCCACAAUUAACAUUACUAAAUUGUUUAUUAACAUUUAAUAGCAUUGGUAAUGUUAAAAAAGUGUUGUAUAAUGGUGUUGAUAAACAAUGUUAUGAUUUUGUUGAAAAGAUGGGGUUUGAAUUAAUUUUGAUUGACUCAAAAGAUGAUUUAGAAAGUGUGGAUAAACCUUUAUGUGUUUUAAUUGAUUAUGAAUCUAUUAAUUUGUUAAAUAAGAUAAAAAAUUUGGUUCCUAUAAUUGUUGUAAACGCUGAGUGCGGAAUUUUUAAGGAUUUUAAAAUUGAGAAUCCUCAUUUAAUCAUCUUUAAAGAUAAUAACUUAAUAAUUCCACCAGAAGCUUCCAUUUUAUGCUCAUAUGAUAUAAAAUUGAUUGAAAAAUUUUCAAAAAUGUAUCCAGGACGGGCUACAAUAACCUCAACAAUAUCUGUUUUUAUUGCGUUACUUUCUAAAGGAAAAAUUGGGUUGAUUACUAAAAAUAAUCCCACAAAUUUCUUUGAAAAAGAUGAUUUUUAUGGAUUAAUUCCGGAUUUAUUCCUAAAAAAAGGCUUUGACGGAUUAAAUACCCGAAAAAAUAUGUUUAAAAAUCUCCUAAUUCAUAAAAAAAUUCCUGAAAAUUCAUGGAACAUAAAUUUAAUUCAACACUUUUUAUCUGAAAUCGAAAACGAUUCGUUACAAUUAAUAACAACUAAUUUAAUCGAUGAUUUAUUUAAAAUAAUGGGUAUUCAACAUAAAUUUAAUUCAAUAAUAUUACCUGUAGCAACCGGAAUGAGCUUAACUUUAACUUUUUUAACUUGCCAUAAAUUAAAACCAAAAGCUAAGUACAUUUUGUGGUCGAGAAUCGAUCAAAAAUCAUGUUUUAAAGCGAUUAAUACAGCUGGAUUAGUACCGAUUAUUAUCGACACAACGAAAAUAAAUAAUAAUUUUGUAACAAACCUAAAUCUUCUUGAAGAAAAAAUUAUUGAAAUUGGAACUCACAACAUUGUUUGUAUCGCUUCAACAACUUCAUGUUUUGCGCCAAGAAAUUGUGAUGAUAUCGAAUCAAUUUCUAUAAUUUGUAAAAAAUAUGAUUUGUUUCACAUAGUUAAUAAUGCUUAUGGAUUGGGAAGUAAAAUUUUAAUGAAAAGAAUAAAUCGAGGAAAAUUGAAAGGCAAUAUAGAUGUUUUUGUUCAAAGUACCGAUAAAAAUUUGUUGAUUCCCGUUGGAGGUUCUAUUUUAGUAUCGUUUAACCCCAAUUUUCAUAACACAAUUAAGUGUAUAUCUCAAAAAACUCCACCGUUUUUAAUACAAGACAUUUUUAUUACUUUAAUGGAAAUGGGUAAAAAGGGUUUUUUAAAUCUCAUCGAUAACAGAGAGAUUAUGUAUAAUUAUUUAAAAGAAAAACUAAUUAAUUUAGCUUUAAAACACGGCGAAGAAGUUUGUGACACUUCAAAUCUGAUAUCGAUCGCAAUGACUUUAACAACUAUUAAUUCGAAAGAUCGAGUUCGUUUAGGAUCAUCGUUAUUCCUCAAAAACGUAUUUGGGGCUAAAGUUGUUACAUCAGAUGUUAAAAUAAUUUGUGGAUUCAAAUUUCAAGGUUGGGGAUCGCACUCUAAUGAAUGUAAUUUUCCUUACAUAGCUUGUGCGGCAGGUUUAGGCGUAACGCAACAAGAUAUCGACGGUUUUGUAACCAAAUUAGAUAAAGAAAUGUUACUUUUAAAACAAAAUAAUAAAUAAUUCAUGAAAUCUCUUUAUCAA